AGUGCGUCUUCGGUGUUGUGGCGGCGCUCGCGGGAGAAGCCUCGCCCUCGGGACCCUCGGGAUAUCUAGGCUCCGCAAAGUGCCCUCGUGCAUGUGCUUGGGGAAAAGACGAGAAAAAUAAUAAGGGAUUUUGAACAUUUUUCUCACCAGUGGAUAAACGAAAUACGAACCAUAUGUCAUCGAACGUGAUUCUUCUGGUAAUGAACAUAUCCUUAGUGCUGAUGGUAAAUUGAGAAAUCAGAAAGAAAAAAAAAAUGUUACCAAGAACUUUCCUGUCGCCAACUACACUAUUUCACGCCAUCUAAAGUGUUGCAUUAAUACCUCCAGUUGUGGCCUUAGACUCGAAACCUCGCUAGCAAUAAUUCAAGUGAGAAUUAUGUGCAGAUGCUCUUCGAUGAAAAACACUCGGUGAAAUCCAAGGGAAUUUAUAACUGUUUGAAGGUGUGUUACGAGAGCUGUGAAGAUCUAGAAGCCGCAAGGAAUACGGAUUGAUGGUUUAUGACCUAGUUAUGUCCCGCAGAAGUGUGCGAGAGCUGGUGCCGGCGCUCAGCGGGUGUGUGAAAAUGGCGCCGACUCACCACUUCGAUUGGGACAUUAACGACUCCAAUAUACCCAAAGUCAGCGAAUUCGACCUGUUCUGCGACUGGGCGGACGGGCACUGCCGCUUCGUGUACCCGCCCGAACUCGAGGAGGCCAAGAGACACUCCUCCGGCUGGGCCAUGAGGAACACCAACAACCACAACGUCAAUAUUCUCAAAAAGUCGUGUCUGGGAGUGGUCGUCUGCAGUCUCCGGUGCACGCUCGACGGCGGGAUGAAGGUCCACCUCAGACCCGCCAUCUGCGACAAGGCGAGGAAGAAACAGCAGGGGAAACCAUGCCCCAACAAGUCCUGCUCGGGAAAGCUGGAGGUCCUGCCGUGUCGGGGACAUUGCGGAUACCCCGUCACGCAUUUCUGGCGUCACACCGACCACGCCAUCUUCUUCCAGGCUAAGGGCGUGCACGACCACCCACGACCCGAAGCCAAGAGCACUGCCGAAGCAAGGAGGAGUCUCACGGGCCGAGGACUCUCCUUGCACCAUCACCACCCUCGACGACCGCCGCCACGACUCUCGGAGACCAAGGUAGUGACGGGCGUGAAGAGAUCUCUGCCGCCCGCGACUUCAACCGUGCUGGAUCUGGGCGGCGCCAACUCAUCCGUCAGUCAAGUGGGCGCUCCUCCGCCAUCCAAAAUGCCCCGCACUCUCCCGCCGCCCCUUCUGCCCGACCACGCUCACGGAGGCCACCUCGCCGUGGACGUGUGCUCGUGCCCGCCCUUCGAGUGUACCUGCGGGAAGGUUGGUGUGGGCGCCAUGGGCAUGACCGGCUCGCCCGCUGCACCCAUGGGCGGCGUGCUGGUGCCCAAGGCUUUCCCGCACCCGCAGACGCCCCUCGACCCCUACUUCCCGCACCCGCACCAGCCGGACGCCCACGACAUGCACCGCAUGGACGCCGCGCGCCCGCAAGUGUACCGCAGCCCCGCGCCGCCCUCGGGGGCCUUCCACCCGCCGCCCCUCAACUGGACGCCGCCCACCAGCCUGCCCGGCGAGUGGGGCCUCCACGCGCCCCACACCUUCCGGAUAGAGCCCUUUGGCGGCGAUAGCUGGCAAAGCACGCCCGCGCCCGACGGCGGCGUGUGGUGCGACGCGGGCCUGGGCGGCGGCGAGCACGCGCGCCCGCCGCCCCUGCCUGCCCAGCAUUACUACAACGGCGGCGCGCAGAACUUCGGCUGCGACGUCAAGCUGGACCCGCAGACGGAGGCCGAGUCCAUGUUCCCGUUCGAGGAGGCGUUCCAGCCGCAGGACAUCUUCGCGCUGGAGCAUCCGUUCCGCAAGCGGGAGGAGCCGGCGCCGCACGCGCUGCCCGAGGCCACGGCGCAGAAAUUCCUGCAGUGCAUCGACGACAUCAUCGGCGACUGCUUCCUGGAGGACGGGACGGGCGAGCAGCGGUCCCCGCCCACGCUGCUGGACCUGGGCAGCGGCGCCCUCACGCACCAGCCCUACGCGCCGCCCACGCCGUCGCUCUCCCUCCCGCACACGCCCACCAUGGCCAUCCCCAGCACGCCCUCCUUCUCGACGCCCAAUCCGCCCACGCCCGCCACGCCCAACUCUCUCCCCGUCACGAGCUCGGCCGCCAUUUUAGACGACCCCAGACUCUCGGAGAAGCUGCUGUCUCCCUCCCUGCAGCAGCACGCGCCGUCCUCGGCUCGGUUGCAACAUCAGCAGCAGCAUCAACAGCAUCAACAUCAUCAACAGCAUCAACAGCAGCAGCACGAGGAGAGCGGUUCUCCGAGCGUGGCGGGCUUCUGCGGCGGCGGCGGGCGGGAAGCGACGUGUCCGCGGUUCGUGUUCCCUCCGGCCAAUGAUUACGCCAAUUACGCCAAUGAGUCGCGCGCUUACGCCGCUCACGACGACUCCACCAAUGGGGCGCUGCCGAGCUAUGACGUCACCGUGUACACGUCAUCGUUCUGUGUGUCUCCCAGCCAAUCACAUACGUUCCCGGGCCGCGAGGGGAAGACAGAUAAUCAGUUCCCAGCAUGUGAGGGGAAGUCCAUGCUUCCCUGUCAUCAGCUGGCCGCCACCACAGCCUCUUCUCCCCUCAGUUGAGCGCGGCGGAGACCGGCGCGGCGCAUGACGUUGUCUCACAUGCACUUCGCCCUUUCCCAGGUUCCCGCUCCUGCAAAGGGUCCGUUCCACCGCGAAAGUGGCUUACGUGACUAAAAAGAUUACCGAACGCUGACGGCUUGUGCGGCUAAACAUGCCCGCGCUGCGUUCGGCAUGACCGACUUCAUUUCCUAAACUCUGUUGAUGAUGUGAAGUGUGCAGCAAGCAUGGCAACAAUGCCCAGGUUCAUAAUGGCAAUCUUAGUCAUAAUGAAAGAGUAAGCAGCAAGCAUGACAAUAAAAGACCAGAUAAUGGAUCAGCGAACACAUUAAAACUGAUUCGAAGGACAAUGAACGAUGUACACACGGCGCUAAAAAAAGGCCAAUUCGGCAUUUGUUUUGCUGAGGAUUUUAAACCGGGGGCUUCCUGGCGCGAGACCCCUUCGUCCUGAAACAAAGGAAGAGCGAAAUGAGCAACUCGUCUUCCCGUUUUAUCUCCUGAAAACUUCAGGUUGUUUGUAAAUGUCGAUCUCCAGAAUCUCUAUCCUUUAGUGUUAAGAAUUCACGAGAGUUUUAUGGUAACUCUAAGGCAAUCUGCUCAUAUACAUGCAUAUCAACAAAUAGUUCUAUAUGAUUUUUAUGCUAGUCAGUUUUUUAUUUUUAUUUUGUAUUUCGAUGCCAAAACUAGUCAGAAAAAGAAAGAUUUCUACACAGUACAGUAUUUGACAGUAGUGAGACCACAACCGCCACCGCACUCAGUACUCUAAACCCCAUCGAGGUCGACGCUCCACUCGCCCUCCUGUCCCGACCUCUUCCCCCUCCCUCCCCCCUUCCUAUCCCUCCCUCCCUCCCUCUCUCCUAUCCUUCCCUCCCUCCCUACCUCCUAUCCUUCCCUCUUCUCCCUCCUUUCUGUCCCUCCCGUCCUCCUUCCCUACCCUCCUAUCCCUCUCCCUCCUUGCCUCCCUCCUAUCCCAACUCCCCUUUCCCCUCGGAGCCGCUGUCUACCCUGUUCCUAGUACAAUUUUUGCAGCGACAUCCUUGAUUCCGUUCUAUAAUGAGUGAUUCAUUCUUUCAUAAAGAUUAUUUUUUUAGAGUGGGGCCAGGUGAUUGUCGAAAAGAUUAAUAUUUAUACAGAUUCUUGUGCGUUUAUUAUCCCUGUCACCUGAUGAAAUUUCUCUCCAUUUGAAGUUUUCUGUUGGUGUACAUGUGAAACUUCAUUUGCAUCUAAUUACAAUUGAAUUGUUUGAGAAAAUAGUCUAUAAGUUUUCCUUUUCUUAAUAGCUCAUUUUUGCCGAAAAGGCAAAUCAUUACAAAGACCCUUUAGUAAUUCUCUUCUGUAUAAACACCAGCCCUUGAAUCCUUCAAUAAUACACAUUCCUUUGACAAAUAAUAAAACUCCCUCAACAUGCCAUGCCUUGAAUCAGAGGCGGAGAUUCUCAACUUGCGACACCGAUUCCGGGCCAAAGAGAGAGAAAGAGAGAGAGAGAGAGAGAGAGAUAACGAGAGCGCACGCGCGAGAGGUUGUAUUGGCACCCCUGGCCAGGCACCUCUACUUUGGCACCUCCACGUUGGCUCCUCCCCCACGCACCUCGGCAGUUCUCAUUGGUCCAUCUAAGGCAGCUACACCUGUGAUUGGUUCCCACUUACUUCCGACGGCCAAUCAGUACACAGCAAGUCACAUAAGCGAAGCGAUCAAUCCCUUCGUGUUGUAAAUAGCGCAGGUUUAGUGUCCUCUGGAUGGCAAACAGUUAUCGAUCUCUUUGACGGUGUAUCUGUGGCCCAGGACACGACUGACAUUCCUUCCCCGACCUUGUGUGACCUUGUGUGACCUCUUAUCCCAGGUUUUGUACCAUUUGUUAACAGAUUUUGUGUAAAAAAAAUGAUAGAAUGUGAAAGGUUAUCAUGGUUGUCUUGUUCGAAUGACGUUGCGAGAGCCAGAACAAGAGAAAUUGCUUUAUUAUAUAAAAUAUAUUAACAUAAUAUUGUUAAAUAUGUUGAUGUUUUCAACUUUACUUGGUAUGCAUUAAAUAAUGUCUCUCA